AUGGAUAAGAAGCAAAACAAUUAUAUUGCUACUAUCUCUUUCACUAUUAUUGGAAUAUUGUCUUCCCUUUUAUCAUUGCUUAACGAGUUUCUUACGAUAACUGUAAGAUAUCUACAUCGCAUGUGUAUCUCCAAGAAUUUCAACAAACUAUUUGGGUUUCUCGAUCCAAAUAGGAUACUAGUUCACACAAAACCGGCCGAAGUUAUUCAAACAUACAUACAAAAUAAGUUGGAUGGAGAGCCAAAAAAAUGUUAUUUAGGACCAUUGCUAAAUAGCAAUCACUGGCAAUUGUUUGUCAUUUGUCCUGAAGAUAAUAUUAUUUUUUGGUUUUGUUCAUUAAACAGAUCUCCUAAGAAAAAUAUUAAGGUCAUAUUGGAGGGAGCUCUAGAAGGUUAUCAUUUAUUAAGAGGUAUUAAGAAGAAGAAGCCUAAUUGGAAGAAUAUUAUGGGGCAUCAACAAGAUAACGGAUGGGCAUGUGGAUAUUAUGUCAUGAAAAAUAUGUUUGACAUUAUUGAUGCUUGUAUUGUUGAAAGAUUCAAUGAGAUAUUCACAGACACCUCAUCAUAUGAAAAAGAGUCAAUUGAUCACAUCCGACAACUUUGGGCUCAAUUCUUUUUGCAAAAGGUUGAAGAGCAAGAGAACCAGGAAAAGAAAGAUUUAAUGACAAAACAGAAGCGAUUAAAAAAAACUUAUAUAUAG